AUGCGCCCCAAUCGGCUUGACACGCCCCAGGUGUACAACUUUUUGCAGUCGCUUCCCAGUGACCACGAUCGCCAGUGUGUCAGCGACUACAUUUUGGGAGCGCAACAAGUUUACAUCAACCAUGGCUCUAUCAUGAAGGCUUUUGAACGAGAACUCACUCAGCUCUUACACGAUACCUUUCACCCUUGGUUCACCCUUGAAGAGUUCAACCACAAGAUUGAGGCAUUGAAUCAAAACUACACUGCCAAGCGUAGAGAAAAACUCGUCCUCAAGGAGGAAGCCAAACAUGGCAGUGCUGCAGACUGGGAUUCGAUGAAGCAGAGAUUGGAUACAAUUGACUCACAACCAUGGCCAACUAGAGCUGAAUGCAUCCAAUGGUACCGUGAUAUUUUCCAAUAUCAGUCGAAGCUUAGCGUUGAGGACCAAAAGAAGUUUGAAGCGGCGCUUUUGGACAACGAUAAUCGUCAGCACCAAUCGCACGACGGAAGAAACGCGGCGCUUAAGCUACUUGAGCAUGAGUUUUUUCCCGAUCGCCGUAUUGUCCCGAUCCUCGCUCUGGCAAAUAUGAUCAUAUUCACGGUGCGUACUGAUAAUGGCAAUGUGAAAUGGGUGAUAUUGGAGUUCUAG